UGGGGCUUUAUCAGCAGCGUUGAACUGACUAUGGAGACUGAGAUAACGGAAGUAAGGACUGGAGCCGGAGCUUUGUGAUGGUGGAUUUGCGCGAGUCUCUUGAGCCUUAGAAAGUGAGCUUCAACCAUCCUCCCCCGUCUUAACCGCUAGGAUGGAGGCGAAACGGAAAGAACUGCGCAAGUCUUUAAGGAUCAAAGUAAUCUCCAUGGGUAACGCCGAGGUUGGCAAGAGCUGCAUUAUCAAGCGAUACUGUGAGAAGAGAUUUGUGCCCAAAUAUCUUGCAACAAUUGGCAUUGAUUAUGGUGUCACCAAAGUGCAAAUUAGAGACCGAGAAAUCAAAGUGAAUAUCUUUGACAUGGCUGGACACUCCUUCUUUUAUGAGGUGCGCAAUGAGUUUUACAAAGACACUCAGGGUGUAAUCCUAGUGUAUGAUGUUGGGCAAAAGGAAUCAUUUGAUGCCCUUGACUUAUGGCUUGCUGAGAUGAAACAAGAACUUGGACCGCAUGGAAACAUGGAGAACAUUGUUUUUGUGGUUUGUGCCAAUAAGAUUGACUGUGCCAAGCUGCGCUGUGUCGAUGAAGGUGAAGGGCGACUGUGGGCAGAAAGCAGAGGCUUUCUUUAUUUUGAAACCUCUGCACAGACUGGAGAGGGAAUUAAUGAGAUGUUCCAGACUUUCUACUCAGCCAUUGUUGAUUUAUGCGAUAAUGGUGGAAAGCGCCCCGCCACCAGCACAAGCAACAAUUUCACUAAAGAACAAGUAGACACCAUCCGGAGGAUUCGCAGCAGCAAGGAUAGCUGGGAUAUGUUGGGUGUCAAACCAGGGGCUACAAGGGAUGAAGUAAACAAGGCCUAUCGGAAGUUGGCAGUGCUCCUCCACCCAGAUAAGUGUAUGGCUCCAGGCAGUGAGGAUGCCUUCAAAGCUGUGGUCAAUGCACGGACUGCCUUGCUUAAAAACAUCAAGUAAAACACAAGAAGGUGCAACUUUCAGCAAUAGCAAGUGAUCAAAGCUAUUCUGAGAGAGCUGGUACUGAGAGAGGCAUUAAUAAUUGCCUCCUGCAAAGGACAAUGGAAGCAAAUCACAGAGAAUCCCGAAAGGCAAUUCUCUUUCACCAUUUACUCUCAAAACUAUUUUCUGUACUACUACAAAUAGCUCGAUACAGGAGGCUUCUCUGAGGUGGACUUCCAAACCCAUCUGAAUGCCUCAGGAACAGGAACAGCAGUAAUAUCCUGUCCUUUCUUUUCCCCUGCAGAAAAGUUGGCCUUGGACUGAGAUGACUCUAAAAUAGAUUUCUUCUAUAUAGAAUUACUUGUUUCAAUAUUCUUCAUUAUUUUCUCAAGAUGGAUGCUGAUAUUCAGUCUCUAAUUAAGCAUUUAGUUGUUCCUCUUUGUCCUACACUGGAAUUUGCUUUUUCCAUUCAAAUGUUUCAAACCAUUUCCUUAUUAAGUGGUUAAAGAAUCCCUGCUUUUUCCAAUAGAAGUUGGAAAAAUCAAGCAUGGUGGCUGGGAUCAGAGCAAUAGUAACCACUGUGAGUUGUUGAGGGGACAGACAAUACCUCCUACAGAAUGCAUUAGGUGGUAGGUUUACUCAUUAUUUGAGUCAUAUUGUUGUAGGAGUGUUUACUUUGUGUAUACUUUGAACCUCCCUGGAGCUAGCAAGGAACAUAACCCUCACCAUAUGAGGGAUUCAAUCACACAUAAGCUGAUUUCUUAGUUUGUUCUCCCUUCCCCCCCCCAAAUCCAAAUUAAAUGAGGGAAGAAAGGAAGGGAGGAAGAAGGAGCUAACUGUAUGUAUUCAACAAUGAUUAAAAGGCCCCUGAACUGAAAGAAACAGGGUAAAACAAAAUCAGUGGCUACCUUUUGAUUUCAUGACUAGUACUAACAUUUUAUUUAUUUAUUUGGCUUAUAUGCCACUGUGAUUUUCCUAUUAAGUUUUAAGUAAACUUAAAAACAUACAAAUACUUCCCCACCAAGGAAUAAUACAAAAACUCCAUAUAAAUAACACCCCCUCAACUACAAGAGGGAACAACGUUCAUAACAUUUUCAUCUGCAAGAUCUCUUGGAAAAGCCAAGUUUCAAUAGUUUUUUCUAAAAUCCAGCAGGGUUGGAGCUACUGUAUAUGGACAUUAAGUUGGGGGUUUGUGAGGUGUGAUGUUAUUCCAAAGAAAGAAAGGAAGAAAACUUCAGUUGUAUUGAUCAAGUGUUUCUUGGAUAUUUUGUUGAAAGAGUAUUCAGGCAAAAGAAUAAAUAUUAGGCAAUACUUUCAACUCUUUUCUGGAAUUGGUGCCUGGCCUGCAGGUCAUUCUUCAGCUGCCUAUAAUUCAGCCUCUGUUAAAGAAUAGAUUUUCUCCAAACUGAUCUAAUUUAGAAUAUAAAAUUUGAAAUUAUUACUGUUCUAAGGAUUACAGCAGAUUAUCUAGCAAAAGAGAAUGCCUUAUGAACAAGUGGGUGAGUUGCCAAAAAAUCCCUCUUCCUGAGUUUAGGGAGAGUGAAUAGCAGACCCAAAUUUUGAAGAUUUUAAGCUUCAUUAAGCUAAAAUUUAAGAACAUUUGGAGAACAACUCUUUUAAACAUAAUGCAUUAAUAAAUAUGGGUGCGAUUAUGUUUCAGUCAUUUAGCUGAUUUUUCCAGUGGUCAAAUGUAAUGGUAGCAGUUGUAAUGUGUUAUCACACUUUACCUUCCUUCUACUUCCCAUUCUUUGCUAUUUAGAACAUCUUAAAAUAAUACAACAGGAAGUUAAGGAAUGGCAGUGUGAACCUCUGCCUUGAUUACUAUCUGAUUAUGUUUCUCCAGUUGCCUGUGGAGGGCCAAAGGCAUUGGCAACUGUAUUAUAUAUUGUAUAUUGGAAGGAAUGAGAAUGAUACUCCUUUGGGAGUGCAUUGGGGGCAGCAGUUGUGCCUGCAAGUACAUGCUAAUUGAGAAAAUAACCAUAAGCUCACCAAAAGGUUCCAGCUGGGAGGGUUUUGAGAGUCUUCCUCCACAUGCCGCCUUCUGAGGGUUCUUUGAACCAAGGAAAGAGGUGGUGGUCUCAGGAUGAACAUAGACAAGUCCUGCAAGACUGCCUCAUCAGACAAGCCUUGCUUGUGUGAAAGCUAUCUAGCUCUUGAUCAAAAUACAGAAGGAGAAAGGCUCUUACAGCCAAAAUAAAAGUAUACCCUGCUGUGUAUGAAUAUAAAAUAAUAUACAUUGCUCUGUGUGUGUGUGCAUGUGCAGACACUUUAAGCCUUAGUUGUUUUGAGCUGAUAGAUUUCUGUGAAUUUCUCCAAUAAUGUUCCUUCAUCUCCUGUCUCCUUUAGAAGUGAUGUUUAGUCUUCUGGUUGCUGUGAAUGCUUUAUAAUGUGAAAUUCCUAUAUAUUCUGUAUAUUCAUACAAUUGCACUUUUCUACCUUCUGGUUUGGGUAUAAUGUUUUGCAUCAUUAAUGUCCAACUGUGCCCUCUUGUACCAAGAUGCAACUCUUGAUAAGCUCUUGACUCUUGAAAUUCCGUAUCUGGUUCUCCACCCUACUCUGCUUGUAGCUUAUUGCUCCUAACAGUUUAGAUAUAUAAGAAGCUACAGCCUUUUCUGGUAACUUCAGAAAGAAAAUGGUCACAUAACUUAGGACUCCUCUUUUUUCUGUUGUAAACACAGGUUUCCUUCAAAGAAUAGGUAUCCUAGGGAAUGAAGUUUGAGAAGUUGCUCACCUCUCUUUACAAGACUAUUUAAUCCCCCCCCCCUCCCCGUGCUCUUAUGCCAACUGGAAAAGGACUAGCCCAGAAGGGUUAAAAAAGUAAAUAAUUGCACAAUUAGGAAUUUGUAAGAUUGCUGCUAAUGUAAUUAUACUGCAUUAUCUUCAUUUUAUAAUAGGUACCAUCAUUUACAUUAAUUGUCAAAUUACAUCAUUUCCAAUUUGGCAGGUAUGUGUGUGAAGAGCUCAAAGCCUUUGAAGAAAACGCUCUCUCACUCUCAAGACAAACAUUGUGGAAAGUUCUUUGUAACAUGAACCCUCUCUAUUAAUAUAGCAAAAUGCCAUCUUAACUGAAGCAGAGGGCCAUACUUAGGGAUCGGAACAUCAAAUAUUGGAAAGGUAACAUAGUUUGCUCAGAUCCUGUCCUGAAAGUUUGUCUGGGCAGCAGCUUGUUGUAAUUCAUGGUGUGAUGAAGGCGCAAUAAGCAAGGCACAUGGAAAGCAACAUUUUGCCAAAGUUGUUAUCCUCCUGGGCAUGCCUCCUUUAAUUGCAAAAUCUUUCACAUUUUCCUUUCAUGAGAUUUGGAUGGAAGGAAGGAGAGUAUAAAUGGCUUAGGGAACAAAUGACUCUGCAUUCCGACUUCUCAGCUAAGCAUUUUUUCCCUUCAUGCAACAUUUCUUUGCAAAAUAUUGUCUCCUAAUGCAGGCACUGCUUCUGAAAAAAUGGAGUUAAUACAACUGAAGGUAGUUAAGCUCCAAGUCAUAAUAGCAGGGAUUUUUUUCCUGAUUUAUUUUCUGCUGUUCAGACUCCUAGCCUUUCUACUGUGGUAUAUGGAUUUGAAUGCACUGUAUUUAUUUGGCAGGUUAUCACUUAAAUAAAAUGCCUGUAGGCAUAGAUGAUCUUUAAUGCAAGUUGAUAGAAAAUGCUGAAAUGUCCACUCCUGCAUGUUCUUAUAUCAAAAGCCUUAUGUGUUUGAAAUCUCUGUAUUAUUUUAAAAAAAAAUCAAAUCUACAAUA